CAAUGAGCAUCACUAUCACUGGUUCGGUCAAAGCUUGUCUCAGACUCACCACCUAGGGCAGCUUGUGCCCAUAUUUGUCCUAUGCCUGACUUCUCAAAUGCAGUCGUUAGUCUUGCGUCUGGCCUCGCGAAGAGGGCGAAUGCCACGGCCCAGGGUGGUUUAUUGUCAGGAGUAAAUCCCACAACGUUCACCACCUCGGAUCCCCUGAGACUAUGGAUAAUUCAAAUGGGUAUAAUUAUUAUGAUGGGGCAACUGCUGUCACUUUUUUUGGGCAAGAUCAAGCAACCGAAAGUCAUCGCUGAAGUACUUGGUGGAAUUCUCCUCGGUCCUACUGCCAUGGGACGAAUCCCUGGUUUCACCCAGCGCAUUUUUCCCGCUUCGUCCCUCUCAUAUCUCUCUCUUGUUGCCAACAUUGGUCUAUGUCUGUUUCUCUUCAUAGUCGGUCUUGAAAUCGACGCGAGCGUCAUUAAGCGUAAUGUUCGCUCGUCCAUCUUCAUUGCGCUCUCUGCCAUGGCCUUGUCUUUUGGUCUCGGUUCUGCCAUCUCAGUGCCACUCUACCACAACUUCAUUCCUUCCAAUGUCCAGUUUUUACACUUCAUGCUUUUCAUCGGCGUGACGUUCUCUGUAACCGCAUUUCCCGUUCUUUGUCGCAUCCUCAGCGCAUUGAAACUCUUAGAUACGACGGUCGGCGCCAUCGUCCUGUCAGCUGGUGUGUGCAAUGACGUAGUCGGUUGGAGUCUGUUGGCACUAGCGGUGGCCCUCGUCAAUGCGACCUCCGGACUUACUGCUUUAUGGAUCCUACUGACAUGUGUGGCAUUCACAAUAUUUCUUAUGUGGCCGGUUAGAUUGGCGCUGCUGUGGUUGGCUAGGUUCACAGGAAGUACGGAGAAUGGACCCACUAUGUUCUUCAUGACAGUUUCUAUACUUGUUCUUUGGGCAUGUGCGUUCUUCACGGACAUUGUAGGUGUCAAUGCUAUCUUUGGGGCGUUCCUGGCGGGAAUCGUUAUUCCCCGUGAAGGCGGUCUUGCCAUCUCGCUAACAGAGAAGCUUGAAGAUAUGGUGACGAUCGUAUUUUUACCUCUGUACUUCACAAUCUCCGGGUUAAGUACCAACCUCGGAUUGCUCAACAACGGCAUCACUUGGGCAUUCACCAUUGCAAUCAUAUGUCUAGACUUUUCUGGCAAAUUCAGCGCAUGUACGAUCACCGCACGGAUUACCGGAAUGACCUGGCGAGAGUCCGCCACCGUCGGAUCAUUGAUGAGUUGCAAAGGUCUUAUUGAAUUGAUUGUGCUCAACAUCGGGCUCGCUGCCGGCAUUCUCACGCAAAGGGUGUUCUCGAUGUUUGUCUUUGAAGCGCUGGUCCUAACUUUCAUAACUACGCCCCUCGUCUCUACCCUUUAUCCUCCCGAACGCCGGGUUCGUGCACCAGUUGGAGGUAUUUCACGGGCGUCAACUGCAGAUGAGGACGAAGAUAAGAGCGAUCGCAAGUCUCCUAUGACUGAGGAUCAACCAUGGCGCUCUCGCUUCACCGUUGUCCUCGACAAAUUCGAUCACAUGUCGGGAAUGUUGGUGGCCACUCAACUGGUGUGCCCGCCUUCUCUUGAGACACCUUCUUUCCCAUCAGCUGAGUCGACGAGGGCAUCUGACAAGAUUAAGAUGCCUGCGGCCAGCGUGGACGCUCUCCGUUUGAUUGAGCUGUCAGACCGUACCUCGGACGUCAUGAAGUCUUCAGCAGUUGACACCCUUAUCCACACUGACCCGAUCCUGAGUGUGUUCCGCACCUUUGGAGAACUCAAUGAUAUACCGGUUUCACUCUCGCUUUCUAUUGUCCCUUAUGACGACAUACCGAAUACUGUCGUUGAUCACGCAAAACGGCAUGGAUCUGAGCUCGUCCUCUUGCCGUGGCUAUCACCAUCGUCCAACUUUGGCGAUCCAAGCGAAGACCUGUCCAGCCCGAGAAACGACCCGAAUCCAUUCGAAGCGUUUUUCGGCGGGUCGAAAAACAGGGGUAAGUCUGCAACCGCGACCCAGUCGCAGUUUGUGCGCAGGGUAUUUGCAGAGAGCAAGACGGAUGUUGCGUUGUUCAUCGAUCCGGCCGGUGCCGGUACUGGGAGUGCGCGUCACAUAUUUUGCCCAUUUUUCGGCGGCCCAGAUGAUCGGCUUGCGCUCGAGUUCGUUGUGCAACUUUGUUCUAAUCCCAGAAUGAGUGCGACGGUUGUGAGGAUGUCAAAAAGUAGUGCCGAGAGUGCUGCAGUUGAAAGGCCGUCGCUCGCGCAUCUAGAGGAGAAAGCAAGUUUAGAGAUGCCGAAUCUAGGAUACCAAAUGCCUGUCCCUUCAAAUGUCGUUUUUCCAGACACGAUUUAUGGCCAGGCCAACACUGAAAUGGUUAUGCAAUCCGAGACAGCCAAUAGCAUCCUUUGGGCGCGAUACGCCAACUCUCAACCCUCGGAUGACACACCCUCCUCGUUGCGCUCAGCCCUCUCCCGGAUCACAUUCUCCGAGCAUUCAUCGCCGAUACCGCUACAUUCUGCCAUCCAACAAGCGUCUGCGCACAAGCCUGUUUUGGUGGUUGUUGGGCGCUCACGGCGCCUUGCGGGUGAGGAUCAUACAUUGGAGGUGCAGAAGAUUUUGGAGGAGCGGGGUAGCGUGGGGCAAGAUGUUGUCAGGAAGACAAUCGGUGAUCCUGCGACUGCGUUUGUUGCUUCGGGGUGUGCGACUGCUGUCGUUGUGCUCCAGGCUUCGAAUGUUGAUGUUGACUGACUGAAGUGACUCACUGAGGGGAUCCAUUUCACUUGUAUAAUGCUAUCUGACUGAUCAUGAGCGGGUAUCUCCGGAAACUCUUGAUCAUGAUUAUCGCCUCCGAAUUUCUUCGCUGUAUUGUAAAUCAUGUAUCAUAAAUUUAAAUAGUACAGUUAACGUUAUUUCUAUAUAGGCUUUGAGACUUUUGAUCAAAGGACGAUGGCACUAGAUGGCACUACGCAACGCUUCUUGUGCCAUUUUCAGUCCCUGCAUUGACAACCAACGGACUGGAC